GGAGGAGCUCUUCUCCACCAAGGAAUCCUCGACUGAAAUUCAGCCCAGCAUCUUCCACAUCUAUGUGUCUCCAGUGGUAUCGAAGGGUCUCUACCGGCUGCUGAUUGACCUGUGCAUCCUGCGGCACAUCCAGAGUCCUGAUGGCUUUGUCUGGAAGUGCAAACCCUCUCAUCUUUACUUGAUUGAGUACCUGGCAAAAGGGAAAGGUGUUAGCAGUACGAGGAAGCAAGAGAUGUCCAUUGAAAUGGAAGAAAAGUUUCUGGAUCUUUUUCCUACCGUGGAGUGCGUAUCACCGCUGCAGGUGCUCUACUUGCUGGAAAAUCCCAGCUCUGUCCCUCCUGCGGAACUGAGGGAGGAACAGUUUGACCGGGACAAGCUAAAUAGCGAAGUUUUCCAAAGGUCCUACCAAUAUCUCCGCAGAUACAAACGAAAGGAAAACCUUGACCAUUUAACUUUUGUCCCUGGAAGGAUCGAAGGGACAGAGAAAGAAUGCCUGCCGUGCUUGAUGGGGUUCUGUGGGAGAAGCAAUCCCUCCUGGACUGAGUUCAGCAACUUCACGCACUUCUUGAACUUCCAGCUAAUAAAGUGUGAGGAAUCGGUCUUCUGCAGUCCGGUGCUCGGAGACAAGUUCCGUGGCUUCAGAACAUUCGCCAUCAAGUUCAUGAUCGCCAUGUCCAAGGACAUUGCCAUGCCUUUCCUCAACAUGUCCGAUGAAAGCGUGCCAAGCGAGGAGUGGAAGGAGAUGGACAGUAUUUUGAGAGAGUACCAGUAUUUUGAAAGAGUUCCCUUUUUGCUGCAGGCUGUUUUGGAGACAGCGGUUAUGAGCAGGAAUUUAUACAAUACCUUGGCACUCCAAAAUGUUCCUUUCAAUAAGAAAUUUGAAACCUUACCCAGAACUGAGCAGUUGGAGGCCCUCUGCAGACUCUUUGGUGUGAAACGCUGUAAAGAUGCAGAUGCUUCGUACCAGUUGACUCUGGACAACACCAUGAAGAUGUUGGCUAUUCACCUGCGUUUCCAGUGUGGGAUCCCCGUGAUCAUCAUGGGUGAAACCGGUUGUGGGAAGACGAAGCUGGUGCACUUCAUGUGCAACCUGCAGAGGGCAGGCAGGAAAGUUCAGAAUAUGAUGGUGGUGCGUGUUCAUGGUGGCACCACCUCCAAGACCAUCCAGGAGAAAGUAAGGCAGGCCAUGGAGCUGGCACGCGACAAUGAAGAAAAGCACAACAUAGACACGGUGCUCUUCUUCGAUGAAGCCAACACCUCAGAGGCCAUCUUUGCAAUCAAAGAAGUACUGUGUGACCACAGCGUCAGUGGAAAGCUGAUUUCCACUGACCGCUUAAAAGUGGUGGCCGCUUGCAACCCUUACAAAAGGCACACCAAGGACACCAUUGAGAAACUGGAAAAAGCUGGCUUGGGAUACCAGGUCCUGAGCGAAGACACCCCGGAGAAGCUGGGCUACAUUCCUUUGCGGCAACUGGUGUAUCGGGUGCAGCCCCUUCCUCCCAGUUUAUUACCUCUGGUCUGGGAUUUUGGGGAGCUGAAUGAGAAGGUGCAAAGCCUGUACAUCAGGGAGAUUGUGAAGUCCACAGUGGAGAACAAGAUCCCCGCAGAAAACCUGGAUGUCUUCACCAAUGUCAUUUCAGCCUCCCAGAAGAUCCUGAGAGAGAAGAAGGACGAAUGCAGAGUCGCCAGCCUCCGGGAUAUAGACCGCUGCAUGAAAAUAGUGCUCUGGUUUUAUGACUUAAGAGACCUGCUUUUCCACCAGAUUGAGAAGAAGAGGUGGUGCAAAGGGGAAGAGGAACCUACCUUAAACGAUGUGCAAAGGGCUUUGGUCCUUUCGGUAGGGGCCUGCUAUUACGUGUCUCUUGAGAACCGCCAAGAGUACCUGGAGGAGGCUGCAAAAUGCUUCUUGGUCCCUGCGUCCCGGCUACAGCAAGAGAUUGAGUUGUACCAAGAGGUAUUUCUUGAUAACCUCUCCAUUGGUAAGGCGACAGCCUGCAACAACGCUCUGAGGGAGAACAUCUUCAUGAUGGUUGUCUGCAUGGACCUCCGGGUGCCACUCUUUCUGGUUGGGAAGCCGGGAAGCUCCAAAUCCCUAUCCAAAACCAUUGCUGUGAAUGCCAUGAAAGGCACAUUGUCCGGAAGCCCGUUGUUCAAAAGAUGCAAAGAGGUCCGGCUGCUCUCCUUCCAGUGCAGCCCCCAUUCAAAACCAGAAGGCAUCAUCUCCACUUUCCGACAGUGCGCUCAGUUCCAGAAGGGCAAGAACCUGAAUGACUUUGCGUCUGUGGUGCUGCUGGAUGAGAUCGGUCUGGCAGAAGACUCGCCUGAUAUGCCGUUGAAGGUGCUGCAACCUUUUCUGGAAGAUGGAUGCGUUGACGAUGAGAAUCCAGAGGCUUACAAGAAAGUUGGCUUUGUGGGCAUCUCCAACUGGGCCUUGGAUCCUGCCAAAAUGAACAGGGGCCUUCUUGUCUUUCGGACUGAACCUAGCAAGGAAGAGCUGGUGAAGACCGCCAAAGGCAUCUGUGCUGACCAACCUCACCUGGAAAGAAUCGAGCAUUUGUUCCCCAUUCUGGCAAAUUUCUACUGCAACGUGCUGAAAACACAGAAAACAGAGUUCUUUGGGCUUCGCGACUUCUACAGCUUAAUCAAAAUGAUUGUGUCCUGCACUCAGGACAUGAAGCGCAGUUCUCAAGAGGAGCUCCUCGUAAAGGCAAUUCAGAGAAACUUUGUAGGCUCCAGAGAUAUCUACCCUCUGGAAAUCUUCCAUAACUGCACCAGCGAGGUAUGUCUUACCCAGGCGAUGGAAACCAGCUGCAUCCGCCUGCUGGAGCAAAACAUGGCCAAAUGGCAAGCGGGAUUCAUGUCUCGUUACCUCCUGUUGCUGACGACCAACAGUGUCGCCUUUCAAAUCAUCCAGAUGAUGCGGCUUAUAGACGCCGGCAACUGUGACAUUAUAUUUGGCUCCAGUUUCCCACGGGACAAGGAUUAUUCCCAGGUGUGCCGCUCUGUGAAGAGGGUGAAAAUCUGCAUGGAGCUAGGCAGGUCCGUUGUCCUCCUCAACAUAGAGAACCUUUGUGAGAGCCUUUACGAUGCCCUCAAUCACUGCUUCGUCAGCCUGGGGGACAAUAACUACGUUGGCCUGGGCCUCGGCACUCUUCAUGCGGUGAAGAGCUGCGUGAAGGAGGAAUUCUGGCUGAUUGUUAUAGAGGAGAAGAAAGUGGUCUACACGGAGUUCCUCACCCCUCUGCUGAGCCGUCUGGAGAACCAUUGCUUGGACAUGAACACCAUCCUCAACUGGCAACAGCGAGACCUGAAGCAGGACCUGGAGAAAUGGGCCAAUCGGUUUGUCUACAGCGAGAAGCCCGAUUUGUUCAGG